AUGAGCGACUCGGACGCAGCCGAGACUAAACCCGCCACCCUCCAGGGCAUGGUGACCACACUGGUCACUGGUGGUCUUGUUGCUUUCAUCAUGAUUGGUAUUUUCCUCAUUAUCCGCAAAGGCGCGAGGAGAUACUAUGCUCCCAGGACAUAUCUGGGAACCAUUCCUGAAAAGGAGAGGACUCCAGCCUUGCCGAACGGCAUCUUCAACUGGUUUGGCUCAUUUUGGAAGAUUCCAGAUGCGCAUGCCCUCAGAACCCAGUCUCUCGAUGGCUAUCUGUUCCUUCGAUUCUUGCGCAUCUGUACUACGAUCUGCUUCGUUGGUCUUUGCAUGACCUGGCCUACGCUCUUCCCCAUCAAUGCUACCGGCGGCGGCAAUGCGGAGCAGCUCGAUAUCUUGUCCAUUAGCAACAUCAAUAUCCAGGACUCUGCGAAUCGGAACCGUCUCUUUGGCCACGUCUUGGUGGCUUGGAUCUUCUACGGCUUCGUGCUGUACAUGAUCAUGCGGGAAUGCAUCUUUUACAUCUACCUGCGACAGGCUUUCCUUCUCACUCCCCAGGUUGCUCGCCGCAUCUCGUCUCGGACCGUUCUCUUCACCUCCGUUCCGCAGGCCUACCUCAACGUUGAUAAGAUUCGGCUCAUGUUCAAGGAGACUGCGAAGCACAUCUGGAUCACCGGCGAUACCGACGACCUCGAUAAGCUCGUCGAGGAGCGCACAAAGGUUGCCAUGAAGCUCGAGGCUGCCGAGGUAAAGCUCCUAAAGCUCGCCAACGCUAAUCGCGUCAAGUCCAAGGACGGAUCUUCCGAGACUUCCAAGCAACAAUCGCCUCCCCAGGAGCUCGAGAGCGGUGACCUCGCAGCGCGCUGGGUUCCUAAGGACAAGCGGCCUACUCAUCGCCUGGGCCUCCUUGGUCUUGUCGGUGAGAAGGUCGACACCAUCGAGUGGUCUAGGGAGAAGCUGAGCACUCUCACCCCGGAAAUCGAAGAGGCACAGGCCAAGUACCUCGCUGGGGAGUCUAAGCCCAUCCCUGCCGUCUUUGUCGAGUUUUAUACCCAGUCCGACGCCCAGUCCGCCGUCCAGUCCCUCACUCACCACGACCCUCUCCAAAUGAGCCCCAGGUACAUCGGAGUCAGUCCAGAGGAGGUGAUUUGGAAGAGUCUUAGAGUCCCGUGGUGGCAGAAGAUUGUCCGACGAUACAUUGUCCUUGCCUUCCUGACUGCCAUGAUCAUCUUCUGGGCCAUUCCCGUCGCCUUCGUCGCCUCUAUUUCUCAGGUCGACACCCUCCGCGCCAAGUGGUCCUGGCUGUCGUUCCUUGACAAGGUCCCGGAAGUCGUCAUGGGUUUCAUCACCGGUCUCCUUCCCGCCGUUGCUCUUUCCAUUCUCAUGUCUCUCGUCCCUGUCGUUAUUAGGCUCUGCGCUAGGUUUGCUGGUGAGCCGACCGACUCGCAAGUCGAACUCUUCACUCAGGCCGUCUACUUCGCCUUCCAGGUCGUCCAGGUCUUCCUCGUCACGACCAUAUCCGGUUCGGUAUUCAGCGUAUUGGGCACGUUUGCGAAGGAAGGGCCCGGCAAGGUUUUCGAGACCCUAUCGGCCGCCAUCCCCAAAUCCUCCAACUUUUACAUUUCCUUUUUCAUCGUUCAGGGUAUCACGAUUGCUUCGAGUGUCUUGACCCAGGUUGCGGGCUACGUCAUCUUCCGCCUGACGUACAAGUUCUUGGCCAGAACGCCCCGUGCCAUGUAUAACAAAUGGACAACCCUGUCGGCCAUCUCUUGGGGCCAGGUCCUUCCCAUCUAUACUAACAUUGCCGUUAUCAGUAUCACGUACUCGGUCAUCGCUCCGCUGAUGUUGUUCUGGUCUACCAUCGGAAUGGCACUCUUCUAUCUCGCGUACAGGUACAACAUCCUCUUCGUCAAUGAUUCCGGCAUCGAUACGAGGGGCCUCAUCUACCCGCGGGCCAUGAAGCAGCUGCUCGUCGGUGUUUACCUCGCUGAAAUUUGCAUGGUUGGCAUGUGCGCGGUGUCCAAGGCAUUCUGGCCCAUGAUUGUCAUGAUUGUCUUCCUCGUGUUCACGGUAUUCUUCCACAUUACCGUGCAGAGCGCUCUCAACCCCCUGCUUUACAACCUGCCCCGCAGUCUCGAGGUUGAAGAGGAGAGCCUCAUGGAACACGGUGAGGCUGACGACGCCAUCGAGGAGGACGCCACUGCCGGCGAGGGCAGCACAUCUGCCGGGGGCAAGAAUGUCAAGGCCUCUGCGUCGGCCCCGCCCAAAGGCAACUUCCUUACCAAGUUCUUCAAGCCGUGGAAGUACUCGUCGUACGCGCAACUUCGCAAGCUUAUCCCCCGUCACCAAUACGGCCCCGGCGAGACCCUCGAAGAGGCCACCGAGGCCAACUCGUAUAAUCCCCCGUCAGUCAACGACAGGCCUCCUCUGCUUUGGAUCCCUCAGGAUGUCGCCGGGUUGUCAAAGCACGAGAUUGCGAAUACGGAGGGUGUGAUCCCGAUUACGGAUGAGGGAUGCACACUCGACGAUAAGAACAAGAUUAUUUGGGACGAGAUUGAGGCGAGGCCACCCAUUUGGGAGGAGAAACCUCACUACUAG